UGAGCCCCGGAGAUGUCUGAGCCCCGGGCAGCAGCUGCUGCCGGCGUCCUGCGAGGAUGAGCCCGGGGAGGAAGGCAGCAACCCCGGCACCCUCCGAGAAACUCAGCUCCUGCAGAGCCAUGUCCCGACCCCGGCAGGCUCUGCCACACUCCGGGCAGCUUUGAAGUUAGAGGAGGCAGUUGUGUUUAGAAAGGAGAGCGAUGAACUGAAGAUUAAACAUGUAUGGGAAUUAUCCUCACUUCAUUAAGUUUCCCGCGGGCUUUGGCAAUUCCCCUGUCCAUGCCAGCUCCGCAUCCCUGAGCCCAUCCUCAAGCCUUUCCACAGGGAAUUCCGUGGAGGGACACCACAACUACCUCGAGGGCCCCGCAAACGCCAUGAACGCCAUCGGGUCCCCUCCAGUCAACGCGCUGGGCUCGCCCUACAGAGUCAUCACCUCCUCUGUUGCCUCACACCACCCCGUUGCUCUGUCCUCAGCCCCGGGCAUGAAUUUCAUGCCACAUGCCAGUCCCCAGCUCAACAUCCUGAACAACAUCAGCAGCUCAGAGGAUGUUAAGCCCUUGCCGGGUCUCCCAGGGGUGGGUAACAUGAAUUAUCCAUCUACAAGCCCAGGAUCCUUAGCCAAACACAUCUGUGCCAUCUGUGGGGACAGGUCCUCAGGGAAGCACUACGGGGUGUACAGCUGUGAGGGCUGCAAAGGCUUCUUUAAGAGGACAAUCAGGAAGGACCUGAUCUACACCUGCCGUGACAACAAGGACUGCCUGAUCGACAAGCGCCAGCGCAACCGCUGCCAGUACUGCCGCUAUCAGAAGUGCCUCGCCAUGGGGAUGAAGAGGGAAGCUGUCCAGGAGGAGAGGCAGAGGAGCAGGGAGCGGAGCGAGAACGAGGCAGAGUCCACGAGCAGUGGCAGUGAGGACAUGCCCGUGGAGAGGAUCCUGGAAGCUGAGCUGGCAGUGGAACCCAAGACAGAGGCAUCCAGCGAGACGGGCACGGAGAGCUCAACAAAUGACCCUGUCACCAACAUCUGCCAUGCAGCUGACAAGCAGCUUUUCACACUUGUUGAGUGGGCCAAGAGAAUCCCCCACUUCUCUGACCUGACACUGGAAGACCAGGUUAUUCUGCUUCGGGCAGGCUGGAAUGAGCUGCUCAUUGCCUCUUUCUCCCAUCGCUCAGUAUCAGUGCAGGAUGGAAUCCUUCUGGCCACGGGUUUGCACGUCCAUCGUAGCAGUGCUCACAGUGCUGGUGUGGGCUCCAUAUUUGACAGGGUUUUGACAGAGUUGGUGUCCAAAAUGAAAGACAUGCAGAUGGAUAAGUCAGAGCUGGGGUGCCUGAGGGCCAUUGUUCUCUUCAACCCAGAUGCCAAGGGUUUGUCUAGCCCCUCAGAAGUGGAAUCACUACGGGAGAAGGUCUAUGCCACACUGGAGGCCUACACAAAGCAGAAGUACCCCGAGCAGCCAGGGAGGUUUGCCAAGCUCCUUCUGCGCCUGCCAGCGCUGAGGUCCAUUGGGCUGAAGUGCCUGGAGCACCUCUUCUUCUUCAAGCUGAUUGGGGACACUCCCAUUGACACUUUCCUCAUGGAGAUGCUGGAGACACCCCUGCAAGUCACCUGAGGGUCUGGCUCCACUCUGGUCAGACCCUGGCCCCUCAUACUCCCUGCACAGCCUCCCACCCCUCUGCUCUGAGCCUGUGAUAGCUCAAGAGAUGUCCUACACCCUUCACUCCUUGGUGGGAUUGUUGUGGUUUUGUACAGCUGUAAAUCACC